AUGGUUGAUAGCAACUUACUCUCUCCAAUAUCUGCGUACGAUUCUAGAGGUCGUUCCAGUUUUCAUUCACGCUCACGUUCAGUAAGCGGAGAUCGUCGUCUUCAAGGUCGAUCAAUUACGCAUUCACCAUCGCCUAGUACGAAAAAGACGAAUAUUAUAGAUGGAAAUGUUAAGAUUGUUUUUGGAAUAGACUUUGGUUCAACGUCCACUGGUUUUGCUUUCUGCAAUGUACUAACUCCAAACAUUAUAACCUCAUUCGACUCGUGGCCACACCGUCGAGGUUCAUACAAAACACCAUCGGCACUCUUGUAUGAUGACAACCAUAAACUCCUUGCAUGGGGUGCACCUGCUCUGGCUGUUCGUCCGGCUAGACUACGGACUGCGGAUAGAAAAAAUGAUGGAGACAUUUGGAAUAAAAAUAAUAGUAAACCUGUUGUGAAUUUUAGAAAUGCCAUUUGUCAAGGCAAAAACGGAGGAGACAAGCUUAACUUGCCUCACGGUUUAACUAGUCCUGAUGUUCUUACUGACCAUCUAAGACAGAUUACCAAGAUGAUCGAGAAAUCACUUGACUUUAGGUGGCCAGGAAUAUCACUUCACGAGGAAGGAGCGAUAAUCAUGGUAGUACCGAACGGUACUGAUGCUGCAGAUCACAUGCAUAUACGGAUAUGUGCUGCUAAAGCGGGACUUAUCAAUGCUGAGAAUGGAUUAUUAGAGAUAGUAACUGAAAGCGUUGCAGGGGCUCUUUACUGCCAACCUUUAAUAUCUCACCAUAAUCUCAAAACUGAUUUCUUCGUCCUCAAUAGUGGCGGUAUCAGCAGCACACUAUCAACCUGUAAGGUUGACGAGCAUUUCAAUGUCUCUUCGGUCACUGAUGUACUUACCCUACCCAUAGGCUCAAUUGAUGUCGACAAAGAGUUUAUUGACUUUCUAGAACGUAAACUCGGCUCGAUUGCUAUCCAAACUCUUAAAGAACAACAUGACGGCCAACUUCAGUAUCUGUUAUUAUAUUUCUUCGAUCAAUUAAAAACACAUUUUACGGGAAAUGCAGAGACCUACACGCCGCUAGGGCUGGAUUUGAAGGAAUUUUGUCCAGCUGUUUGUAAUCAUAUUCGAACAGAUCUUAGACUGUUUCUAGAAGAGGAUGACUGGAUGCUUUACAUUCAAUAUGAAGACGUGAAAUCCUUUUUUGACAGUGUGAUCAAAAAAUUGUGCCAUGAAAUAAGUACUUAUGUAUUAUGGGAUAGAAGUCCACAGAAAGUAUUGUUCUUAGUUGGCGGAUUUGCAGAAUCAGAAUACUUUGUCAACAGCAUGCGCGACACCCUCCAUCAGUUUUCUCUCAUUGCUGUUCCCAAUCAACCAAUUACGGCUACAUCCCGUGGUGCAGUACAAUAUGGUCUAAAAAUCACUCGUACGUAUGCUCGUGUACUCUUUUACACGUAUGGAAUCCAAGUUACUCGUCCAUGGAUGGCAAACGAUUUACCCAGGGAAAGGGAUGUCAAUGGAAAUGUUACCGUCUUUCAUCCCAUAGUUCAACGUGGAACCGAAGUGCCCGUUGGUCGCAAGUUUACUAAAAACAUACACGAAUACCGCAAAAGCACGAAUCAGCAACUUGAGUAUAAAGUUUAUCGAACGACAAAAUAUGUUGGGAAAUACUGUGAUGAAGAGGGAAUGGAAUUGGUUGGAACAGUAAAGGUUUUGAACGUCUGUCAUGUUAGGAAAGUCGAAUUUUCUUUGACUUUUGAAAAAUUGGCUGUUGUUGCUACUGCUGCAGCCAAAGAAUGGGCGAAAGCUUAUUCCCAAGAGUUUGUGACUGAGCUGUAA